GUGGACAACCUCUCGGCAGCCAUCGCCACUCCAGUGUGUCGAGCAGGGCACGACAACCACAGGCUGACGGCGGCAGAGAUGGAGCAGAGGCUGCUGCGAACUGUCUGUCCGAUUACAGAGACGGCCGGGCGGCUGCUGCUGCUGCUUGUCCUGCUGCUGAUCCUGCAGUUGGCCUGCCCCGGCCAGGUAUCUGCCCUUCAGCCGCCACCUGGGUCAGUGAAGAUUAACGACUUCGACUACGCAGGCAGCGGGUGUCCUCCCGGGAGUGUCGAACUCGUUAUGUCCGACGAUGGGAAUGCGAUGACACUGAAGUUCACCAAGCACCUUGCUACGACGUACAAGAGCGCGGUGCAUCGGAAAAGGACGUGCACAGCGUCCGUAGGCCUCAGUUACCCUGCGGAAUUUGCCAUAGGGGUGGGGUCAGUCAGUGUCAGAGGGUACGCAAAGCUCGAUGGAGGCGUGUCUGGGUCGAUUAAGGCGCCGUAUUACUUCUCCGGGCAGAGAGGGAUGGCUAGCAGCAAACGCGUCAUCAAGGGACCUUUCAACAACAACUUCGAAUACUCCGACAGCUUCGGACCGGUGUACAGCGCGUGCGGCACAGAGCCGAAGUUGUCUAUCGUCACGGAAAUCAAGGUGAACCCAGGCAGGGCGGCCAAGGGAGGGGGAUUUAUUCGAGUGGAAUCCACGCCCCAGAUCUUGGAUCUCGUCUGGAAGCGAUGCUAAGAAGGACAGCCCCUGCCAUCUUCCCCCGAAUAGAAAGCAUGGGGCGUUAUAGCUGUGUUUGGGGCAAUAUCCCGUG